CUCUUACACCUAAACCAUCAAAAGACGAAACUUCGAAUUCUAAUCGGCUGUUUCUAAUCGGUGGCUGUUUUAGAGUGACCGACUGUCGUUUGUAUUUGUUAAUUUCAUUUGAUCAGAAUGGCCGAGGAACACCACCACCAUCACCACCACCACCACCACCACCACCUUGGAGACGAGAAGAGCCAUGACGAGUGUGAGAGCACCGUGAUCUCGAGUACUAACACCGAUGAGGUGGAGGUAGAAACUCAAGAUCGCGGGCUCUUCGGUUUUAUGGGGAAGAAAGAGGAAGCGAAAAAGCCCGAAGAGGAGGUGAUGGUGACCGAGUUCGAGAAGUUCCACGUGUCCGAGCCAGAGCCCAAGUUCGAGGAUUGCAAAGAGAAAGAGAAGAAGCACGAUCUGUUGGAGAAGCUCCCCCGAUCCAAUAGCAGCUCAAGCUCUUCGAGCGAUGAGGAGGAAGAAGACGAGAAUGGAAAGAAGAAAAAGAAGAAAAAUAAGGGUCCAAAAGAGAAGAUCAAGGACAAGAUUUCAGGAGAGAAGGAAGAAGAGAAGAUUGAGAAAUACGAGGCAGUGGUGACACCACUCCCGCCGAAGGAGAAGUACGAGGAGGAGGUAGUAGUAGUGCACGGAGAGCUAGCACAACCAGAGGAGAAGAAGGGCAUCUUCGAGAAAAUUAAGGAGAAACUACCAGGCCAGAACAAGAAAGCCGAGGAGGACCCUCCGCCGCCGCCAGCCGCCGAGUACGCCGCCCCCGCCGCAGAGACUCACAGUCACGAGGCCGAGCCGAGGGAGAAGAAGGGUAUUUUUGAGAAGAUAAAAGAGAAGCUUCCAGGGUACCACCCCAAGACUGAAGAAGAAAAGGAGAAGGAGAAAGA